UUAAUUUUGUCAACAAUCAAGACAACAUGAAGCAGAAAGUCUAUGACGGCAUUCUGGAAAUUUUAAGCAGAGAACCCUCUUUCAUCGAAGGUCGGAGAAAUUUGGAAAAGAAAUGGCCAGCUAUUUUAGAGACUGUUAGUGAGAAGACAUUAAAAAGUAUACAAGCUCAGUAUUAUGUGAGGCGUAUGCGUCGAUGUCACCACCAUCAUUACAGCAGAGAAACAAGAGAAAGAUAUUUCAAACUAUACAAAGAAGCUAAAGCUAAUAAUGAAAAAAAUGUUAUUAUGAGGCUAGCUGCCAAGAAUGAUAUUUCACCAUGUCUUCUAGCUAGAAUUAUAUUAGAAGAAUAUUACUGGAAUGAUGUUGAUCAUGGGAGAGAAAGAGGUGAAGGCAGAGGAUCAUUACCCCCAGGAUUCAUGACAGAUUGUAUCAGAGACAUCGCUAAACUACCAAAUCCUGAACUGGCCCAAGAAAUAUAUGAGACAACAGUGCUGGAUAAUUUCUAUGGACCUGCAGUUGAUAGCAUAAAAAAAACCUGUGGUGUGGAGUAUGAAAUGAUUCUCAAGUCUUAUUGUAAAAGUGCUGGUCUUUCUUUUAUUGAUGAAGACCAGAUGAGAGAAGACGGUUAUGACAAAACACCAGACAUAAAAUUACAGCUCCCAAUUUUGAUAAACAAUAGAGUUGUCAACUGGAUUGAAAGCAAGGCAUCUUUUGGUGAUCCAAUCAAUCAUCAACAAUACAUGAUUGAUCAGUUUCUACCUUACAAAAACAGGUUUGGACCUGGAGCUGUUAUCUAUUGGUUUGGAUUUGUUGAUGAACUAGCAGAACUGGGAGAAAGAGGAAUUCUUCUUUUAGACAAAUUUCCUACUCCAGGUGAAAUAACACACUUAAGGGAUGCCUAUAAGGAGGAUGAUCAACUAAUUCUGAAACAUCUGUCUCUAGAAGAAAACUGUAGUGUUAAUGAUCAGAGUGAAGACAGUGUAACAGUUGAGGACAAAUUUUAUAAUUAUGUUGAUCCUAUGUUCGAUUCUGAUGAGGAUGAUGAUCCUUAUGAAAAAACUAAGAAGGAGGUCAUGACUUUAAGAUUAUCCCAAGGAAAAACUUCUGCGGGUCAUACAUUAUCAGAGGACAGAUAGUGUCUUUUUUUUUCAAUUUAAUGCUUUUUUUCUUGUUGAAAAUACUAAUUUAUUGUAUAUAUGAGCUUAAAAAUGAUGAAUUGAACAUGUAUAUGUUUUUUUGCUAAUGGCUGUCAAUCUUGUAAAAAUAAAUACAAGUUUGCA